UUGUGCACUCAGCUGAGGACUGCGAGAACUGAAGAAGCUUAAUUGUUGCCGUGCGGUACAGCAGCACGGCCGUCCGUACAGUCCCUCCUCCUCCUCACAAUUCCCAAUGAAAACCCUAAUUUCGCAAUUCACUAUAAAUUGUUCGAAUCCCCAAUCUUCGCCAUCGGCUUUCAUCUUCCAUUUUCCGUCACUUUUUAGGGAAGCCAGAACUUUCUUCAAUUUUCUCGCAGAAAAUGGUCUUGCAAUCCCGGAACCUUUAGAUUCUCUUCCGUCGGAGCUAAGUGUGCUUCUGAAUCGGCGAGUUACGGCGGGUGGGACGACUUCAGAUUAGCCGGCGGCUCGGGUCCCUCUGGUGAGUCCGAUCAGUUUCGUCAGUUUCUGAAUUCUAUAGGAAUCGACGAUAAGAAACAUGUUUUCGUGUUUUUGUUAGGCCUUGUGUGUGCUUUCGCCAUUUCUAGGGUUAGGGUUUCUUCUAUUGUUGUGUUUCCAGCGUCGAUUUUAGUUUUCGCAAUUGGGUUUUCGUUUGGAUUUGUUCGUGGAGGCGUUGGUGAAGUGAGGUUAAUUGGAGAUAAGAGAAGGGGAAAGGAAGAAAAUUUAAUUGCUAAAUCUGAUAAAUUGAGGAAAUUGGUGGAAAUUUUCGACGAAUUCCAUGUUAAAGUUGGUAAUUUGAAGUAUGAUAUACAAAAAGCUAUUGAUUGUAGAGAAAUUACAGUUACUGAUUUGGAAAGUUAUGUAAAGGUCAUUGAAAGUAUUGGUUCGUCGGUGUUGAAUGCUAGGAAUGUUGCUGAUGGGUCUGUUGAGAACUUGGGGAAGUUCAGUGUUGAGUUAGCUGAGAGCAAAAAGGCGAGUAAAAGAAAGAAAGAGCCUGCUGAGAUUGGAUACGAGUUGUUCCAGUACAUCGGAGGUUUAUUUAACGACAAAUUGGCUGAUUCGAAGUCUGGUAGAGUGAAAAACAAUGUUAAGCGAGAGACUACGGAGAAAGUGAUGGAUGAUCAAUCUCGAGGGAACGGUUCAAUGCCUCCUGUUAAAGGAGUGGUUCUCGGUUCUGUUCAUUCUCAAGAAGUGUAUAGUAAGUCUGGUUUUGAUGAGGCUGGAUAUGGAAGAACCAAAGUUGCUUUGGAAAAUAAUAAGAUGAGUUCAGAGGAGGCGGACGGGGGUCCUAACAGAUCUACAGCUAGAAAAGUGUUUAAUUAUCAGAAUAAUGGGUUGCAAAGCAAUGGUCACGUGUCUAUGAAGAUGGAUGCUAGUUAUCACGCUGAAACGUGGGAAUUCCCUGAAAGUCUACUUGAUUCUGUAGAUUUCGGUGUCAGAACAAAACAGAUGGACGAUAAAUCUAAUGGGGUUUACAGGCCUUCUAAUAUCAGGGGAAAAAAUGUGAAUGGAACUUAUGAGUUUCAUGGUAGAGAAGAGAAGGUAAAUCGCAAUGACGAUUCCCAGCUUGGUGAUCACCUGCCUGGACAUGAGAAUGAACUACCUUCCCUUUCAUCUUCGUUGGUUUUGGAUGAUAUAUUAUUUGACAGGUAUGUUACAGAAGCUAAUGAUCUUCUAAAACAAGCCAAGGAAUUUAUAAGGGUCAGACACAAUGAAGAGCGUGCAGAGAUCGUAUUAUACAGGUCAGCCAAAUUACUGUCCAAAGCCAUAGCUAUGAAGCCCAUGAGUUUAUUGGCUGUGGGCCAGUUAGGCAACACUUGCCUUCUUCAUGGAGAAUUAAAAUUAAGGAUUAGUCGCGAGUUGAGAAUGCACCUUUCAAGAAGUGACCCCUUAUCGGUUGAGAAAUGGAUUAGAAUGCAGGAUAAAGUCACAAGUAAAGAUGACAUUGCAUCGGUCCUCAUUAAUGUUUGUGAAGAGUGCGAGGAACUUCUUGUGGAAGCAGGCAGAAGGUAUAGAAUGGCGUUAUCAAUUGACGGGAAUGAUGUGAGAGCACUAUACAAUUGGGGUCUUGCUCUUACCUUCCGUGCACAGUUGAUUGCAGAUAUUGGACCGGAAGCAGCUUUUGAUGCCGACGAACUGUUCUUGGCUGCAAUUGAUAAGUUCGAUGCAAUGAUGUCAAAGGGAAAUGUUUAUGCCCCGGAUGCUCUAUUUCGAUGGGGUGUGGCACUACAGCAACGAUCCCGACUACGUCCCAGUAAUGGUAAAGAGAAGGUGAAGUUACUAGAGCAGGCAAAGAGGCUGUAUGAAGAUGCACUCGAUAUGGACUCGAACAAUGUCCAAGUAAGAGAAGCCUUAUCAUCGUGCAUGUUGGAGCUUGGCAGUAGGCGACUUUACUCUUAACUAAACCCGAAACAAUGCGUUGUUGCAUCGGUUUCUUCAUUUUUUUGUUCCAAAUUUUGUCUUUGUAGGCUCUCCGUGCAGAUGGUGCUUCUUAGAUAUAUUUGUAUACAUAUAAAAAAAGGAAAUAAAAGUGAUGACAAGAGAAAAUGGAAAAAAAGUUCACAUUGGAGAUGAAUAAUAAUCGGCGGCGAACGCUAAAUUUACUAAAUUAUGUAUGUAAUAGGUUGAUUGUGAGGA